UUAGCGUGAUGGCAAAAUUCGAUCAGCUGAUUGUUGAACGCUUGUUUACGAUUUUCUCGCAAUUCAAUUAAUUUUACUUUUUGAAGGAUUUACGGGAAAAAAUCAUCAUGCAGCGUGAAGAAAAGCAACUCGAAGUAUUUCUGGACAUGAUCUUGAACCGCUUGAACGACUUGAAACAAUCUAUCGGUUCUAUGAUUCAAAAGUUGGAAACUGAACACGAAACUAUCAAUUGGCCGACUUUUUUGGACAAUUUUGCGCUGAUUUCGAGUCAUCUCACUGGAUUGUCAAAAAUUUUGUCACACGAUGUCCUAUCGCCACUCCGUUCGCUUACUGUGCUUCCCCUGAUGCUUUCUCCCGAGAGAGAUGAGGCUUUAUGGCAACUCACCGAAGGUCGAAUUCCAGUUUUUUCACAUGACUUGGUUCCGGAUUACUUGCGAACAAAACCAGAUCCCGCCGCUGAACAACGAAUGUUGCAAUACGAGCAAAAAGCGAAUAAUCUCGCAGCGGAAACCGCACUGAAAAAUGUCGCGCAAUACAACAAAGUUGUGACGCAUGUCUUUGAACUGAUAAAUAAGGCGCGCGAAGAAUGGGAAUCGGAGUCACAGCAACGAAGCGCAAUGCAACAAACUUCCUCCGUGGCAGAUACAAAUGCUCUUGUCGCGGCAAUUAGCUUAGGUAAGGGCAUUAAACCUGUAAUUAUGCCUCCGGGAAUGCAACAAAUGAUGCCGCCACGACCUACGGGACCUCCUCAAAUGCCGCCUCAAGCAAUGGGCAGAGCUCCGUCUGCGAUCAAGACAAAUAUCAAGGCAGCGAAUCAAAUUCACCCGUAUAAUAAGUAAAAAGUUAGAUUUAUUUCUUAUCGCUUAGGAAAAAAUUUCAAAAUAAACUCAAGGAAUCCAUUUUAUAAUAUUAUCAAAACGAUGAGCAAAUUCACUGCGAAUAACUCUAACCAUCGUUUU